AUGGAGUCCUCCGCGCACGCUCAAUCCACGGCUCUUAUUCGCAAACGGACAGAGACUGAGCUGAUGCCACCACCGCCACCUGCGAAGCGCAUCAAGCGACCGAAACGCGUGCUCGACGAAAACACCUACACCGACGCUCUCUCACACAUUAUCGCCCGCGACUUCUUUCCCGGUCUCCUCGAGAGCGAAACACAACAAGAGUAUCUCGACGCGUUAGAAUCCAAAGACGAAGAAUGGAUCGACAGCGCCAGCCGCCGGCUCCGGCAAGUCAUGACUCCCGGUCGACGGCGAGGGCUUGCUACACCACUCCGCCAGGCAACAGCCGCAGGAGGCCACACCCCGCUUAAUUUUGUCGGCGACACACCCGCAUCGGUGGUCUCCACAGCCACCGUCACCACGUCAGCCCAGAAGCAACCCGCGAUAGACACCAGUGUCUCCCUUGCCAUGUUCCAAUCGAAAUACACCUCCGAAGACAAUGAAUCCUUCUACAAACUUCUCGACAAGCAGAACCAAAAGCGCCCGAGCGGGGCGCCGGCGCCCUCCGAGACGACGGAUUCACCCGCGAUCGACUGGGCCAUCCUCGACAAGGAUGCCGUGGAUCGGCCUGCCGCGCCGGACCACUGGAACAAGGCGAAGCCGGACAACGAGCUGAUGUUUGUGCCGGACGGCGUGGACGGCAGCGAGCUGCAGACUGUUGCCGAGCGGGCGCAGGCCGAGAGUAGGGCCCCACCGAAGCGCAUCGUCUACGAGAACACGCGGAUGCCGCAGCCUGCGGCGAGGGAGGUGUCUGGGGAGGGCGACCGGUCGUCGAGGGCGGGUUCGCCUUCGUUGUCCGAGAUUCGUAACGCGAUCGCGGGGAACAGGAGGGCGUGUGAUGCCGAGACGAGCGUGACGGGUGGUGCCGGGGAGACGCCGCGGGUGAAUGGGUAUGCGUUUGUGGAUGACGAGGAGCCGGAGCCGGAGCCGGAGCCGGCGCGGCUAAAGAGGGAUAAGAUGCCAGUGAUCGAUCUUGGUCCGGGGGACGCCACGCCAAAUCCGUUCCAGUUUCAGGAGCAGAGGAAGCGAGAGGCGUUACAUCACCGGAUGGUGGACAAGAUUUCGCUGUCGAAGCGGACAUCGGCGAGGCUGGGGUUUACGGGGAACGUGGGGCGUACGCCGGUGCCCAAGUUCCCGAGCAGUCCGAGGGUGUCGGGUGGAGAUCUGACGCCGGCGGCGCAGAGGUUAUGGGGGAGGAUUGGCGGGUCGGAGAGAAGGGGCGCAGCGUCGCCCUUUAGUGAUUCUAUCAAGUCUACGCCGAAAGCAACACCGGUGGGGAAGAGGUCUGGGUUGAGGAACUUGGCGAAGUAG